GCAGCCAUGCCUGAAGGGCCAUCUGUGAGAAAGUUUCACCAUUUGGUCUCCCCCUUCGUGGGCCAGCAGGUGGUCAAGACCGGGGGCAGCAGCAAGAAGCUACACCCACCCGACCUUCAGUCCCUGUGGCUCCAGGACACCCAGGUCCAUGGAAAGAAAUUAUUCCUUAGAUUUGAUCCAGAUGAAGAAUUGGGGCUCCAUGGUGAUGGUGCACCCCCAAAGUCUCUCGGGAAAGGAGAGAUUCUACAGAAGGAGAAGGCUGCAGUCCUAGGGCAGGCCGGUGUGCCCAGCGGACAGGAGGCUUCCCAUGGCACAGAGCUUGCCAUUCCGGGUGGAGAUGAGGGUCCCGGGGCAUGUCGCCCCGCGGCAUGUGCUGAGAGAUGGCUGCAAGUCAGCUUUGGCUUGUUUGGCAGCGUUUGGGUGAAUGAGUUCUCCAGAGCCAAGAAAGCCAACAAAAGAGGGGACUGGAGGGAUCCUGCUCCCAGGUUGGUCCUUCAUUUUGGCGGUGGUGGCUUUCUGGCAUUUUAUAAUUGUCAGAUGUCUUGGAGCUCUUCCCCAGUGGUCAGGCCCACCUCUGACAUCCUGUCUGAAAAGUUCCAUCGAGGACAAGCCCUGGAAGCUUUGGGCAAGUCCCAGCCUGUCUGCUACACGCUACUGGACCAGAGAUACUUCUCAGGGUUAGGGAACAUCAUCAAGAACGAAGUCCUGUACAGAGCCAGGGUUCACCCCCUGUCCCUCGGGUCGUUCCUGAGUCCUACACACCUAGAAGCCCUUGUGGACCACGUGGUGGAGUUCAGCACAAACUGGCUUCAGGACAAACUGCAGGGCAAGCAGCAGCACACCCAGAUCUACCAGAAGGAGCAGUGCCCUGCUGGGCAUCCGGUCAUGAAGGAUGAGUUUGGGCCCCCUGGUGGGUUCCAGAGGCUGACAUGGUGGUGCCCACAGUGCCAGCCCCAGUUCCCACCCGAGGGGCCACAUCAACCCUAGCUCUGCUAGUCACCUGGAGUCCUCCUUCCUUGAACUUGC